AUGCAGCGCCAUGAGCUUGUGCUGAAGGUGUACUGGCAGGACGAGAUCCGCCGCCUGCCUGUGCCAAACCCAGACGAGUCCUUGGAUGAUAUGACACGUCGUAUUCGCCGCGUCUUCAACAUUUCGUUCAGCGACGACAUUGCCAUGACCUAUUGCGACGACGGCCACCUGUCGCGGGUGGUGGAGGAGCUGGCCCCACUCGCACAGCAGCUGAGUGAAUCGCUUCGUCUCGUCAACGAAUGCGUCAAGCAGCUGCAGCAACAGGCGAAAGCGGGCGAGCUUCCAACACCGCGCCCACAGCCAUCGUCGCAAGCUCAGCAAGCACCUCAGCCCACGCCACCCAAGCAACAGCAACAGCAACAGCCGCAGCAGCCUCAACAGCAACAACAACAGCAACAGCAGCAACAGCAGCCGCCACAGCGUCAUGCGGAAGAUUUUGACCCGCUGCGCUCGCAAUCUUCCCAAGCCCCAAUGCAGCAACGGCCGGGUCAGCCACAACAACAGCCACGCCCACAGCCGCCACAACAGCAGCCACCACAGCAACAGCAACCCCCUCGCUCCUCCAUGCAGUCCGCACCGCCCUACUCGCAGUCGCAGCCGCCACAGUACGGCCAACCCCAGCCCCCACAACAUCAUCAGCAGCAGCAGCAGCAGAUGCCACAGCAGGCAUAUGCCUAUGCCCAGCCCAUGCCACAAGGACAGCAGCCUCCCAUGAGCCAGGCCACGUUCUCUGAGUUUUCCAUGCCGCCGCGCUCGCAGCCAUAUGGGCCGUACAGCAACAUGCCGCCAGGCACCGGCCGCCCUUGAAGCAGAUGCGCGUGGACAACAGCAGCAGCGACUGCUGAUUAAGUGCAUCCUCCUCCCCGCAGACAUAGUGCCUUCCCCUCCCCCAACAGACACGCACACACACACAUACAUGCACACAGAUGCAUACACAUGCCACUGCUUUGCCGUUACGUUCAAUGACACAAGCAACUAUGGAUUUGUAAUGGCGGGUAUCAACACAACAAACACGCAUACACACGCAUACACACUGCACGCAUCUGUGCACGCAGUGCAAACAACAGCAGGUUGCGUAACGGCACCACAAAGCGGUGGAAAUGAAUGAACUCGAAAGAAGAAUGCGCGUGGCGCUCAAAACAUUACAUCGUCAUCAUCGCCACACAAGUAACACGUCUUCAGCUAAACCCUA